AUGGUCACCUUCACGGCAUACAAGGGCCAUAAGUCUGGCAAGAUCCAGAAAUCCACCAUCACCAAGCCCGACAAGCUCGAGGGCGACCAGGUCCUUGUCAAGAUCACAGCCUCCGGUGUCUGCUACACUGACAUCCACUUCAAAACCUCAGACAUGGUUCUGGGCCACGAAGGCAUAGGCGUCGUGGAGAAAGUCGGACCGACCUGCAAGGUCCUCAAGCCCGGCCAGCGCGUCGGCUGGGGCUACACGCACGACUCGUGCGGCCAUUGUCAGCCUUGCCUUCGAGGCGACGAGAUCUACUGCCCGCAGCGCGCCAUGUACGCCGAGGCGGAUCUCGACCAGGGCAGCUUUGCAUCCCACGCCAUCUGGCGCAAGGCCUUCCUCUUCGAGAUCCCCGACGCCCUGAGCGACGAGCAGGCCGCGCCCUUGCAGUGCGGCGGCGCGACCGUCUUCAACGCCCUGCGGGCAUACAACACCCAGGCGACCGAGACCGUCGGCGUCAUGGGCGUCGGCGGGCUAGGGCACCUGGCCAUCAAGUUCGCCUCCAAGAUGGGCUGCCGCGUGGUCGUCCUGUCGGGCACCGAGUCCAAGAGGGCCGAGGCCAUGCAGCUCGGCGCGAGCGAGUUCGUCGCGACAAAGGGCAAGAAGCAGCUCAAGGUCUUGCAGCCCCUGGACAGGCUGCUGGUGACGACUUCGGCGCAGCCCAACUGGGAGCAGAUCAUGCCCAUCAUGGCGCCGUGCGCCUCCAUCCACCCGCUGUCCAUCGCCGACGGCAACUUUGAGGUCCCCUACAUGCCCCUCCUGACCAAGGGCAUGACGAUCCAGGGCUCUGUCGUCGCGCCGCGCCACGUCCACAAGGACAUGCUCGAGUUUGCCGCGCUGCAUGAUGUGAAACCCGUCACCCAGACGUUCCCCCUGACGGAGAAGGGUGUCGCGGAGGCGAUGGACAAGCUGGAGAAGGGCGAGCUCCACUUUAGGGCGGUGCUGAUUGCUCAGAAGUAG